AUGCGAAUAAAUAAGUUUAUGAACGCUGAAGAGUUAGAUCCAGAUUCCGUCACCCAUGAUUUUGAUGAAAAAGAUCCUCUUGUAAUUGAAAACGGAGUAUUCACUUGGAUUGACCCAACUGAUGCACCAACAUUAUCAAACAUAAAUUUACGAGUUUCAUCUGGACAACUGGUUGCUGUAGUGGGUACUGUUGGUUCUGGAAAGAGUUCUUUGAUAUCAGCCUUCCUUGGUGAAAUGGAAAAGGUUUCUGGUAGAGUUAACACUAAGGGAACUAUAGCAUAUGUACCACAGCAAGCUUGGAUACAAAAUACAUCACUUAAGAAUAAUAUAUUGUUUGGCGAAACAUUUGAUGAUAGAGCUUAUAAAAAUGUCACAGAUGCGUGUGGAUUAAAAUCUGACUUCCAAAUGCUUCCAGCAGGUGACGAUACAGAAAUUGGUGAAAAGGGAAUCAAUUUAAGUGGAGGCCAAAAACAAAGAGUAAGUUUGGCAAGAGCAGUUUAUAAAGAGAGUGACAUUUAUUUUUUGGACGAUCCAUUAAGUGCUGUCGAUUCACAUGUCGGAAACCAUAUUUUUGAACACGUUAUUGGACCUACAGGAUUGUUGCAAAAAAAAACACGAAUUUUGGUUACUCAUGGUAUAACUUAUCUCAGAGAUGUUGAUUUAAUUGUGGUCAUGAAAGAUGGACAAAUAUCAGAGACUGGAACAUAUAACGAAUUGCUUGAUAAAAAAGGAGAUUUCGCUGAUAUCUUAUUGUUGCAUAUGCAAGAACAAAAUGAAUACGAAGUUGAUGAAAUAGAAAUUAAUACUUCAUUAGAAGAUGCACCUGCAGAUUUAAAAGAAAAAUAUAUUAACCAGAAAAGUGAAAAGAAUUCAAAUUCUUCAAUGCAAAGGCAAAUAGCUAUUGAUUCAAAUAAACCAAUUCCUCGACCUAUACUGGAGCAAAAAGCCCAACUCAUUGAAGCAGAGAAAGCAGAAACCGACAAUGUUAAAUGGGACAUUUACAUUCAGUAUAUUGAGUUAUCUGGAACUAUUUUUUGUAUAUCUUCAGUUUUAUUAACAUUUCUUUACCAAGUGUUUUAUACACUAUCGAGCAUCUGGUUGUCAAUAUGGUCUAAUGAUGAUAGGUCAAUUAAUCAUGAAACUGAAAAUGAUGACAAUAAGUUUAUGCACUUAACAGUUUACGGACUACUUGGAAUUGGCCAAAUUUUUUCGUCGAUAGCAUUAUCAAUAACUUUUUCGUUGGGCACAAUACAUGGUGCGGAAAAAUUCUACAAAUUGAUCAACUCACGCUUAUUUAAGAAUCCACUAAGCCUGUUUGACACAACACCUAUUGGACGUAUAUUGAACAGAGUAUCUAAGGAUAUUGAUACCAUUGAUAAUGUCUUGCCAUCAUUGAUACUAUCACGUAUAAAAUAUACGGUUUCGGUCAUUGGCACUUUGAUCGUUAUCAGUUAUAGUACACCUAUAUUUGCAGUGGUGAUUAUUCCUAUUGCUAUAAUUUAUUACAUCAUGCAGAGAUUUUUUGUUGCGACAUCGCGUCAACUACAAAGACUCGAGUCUAUAUCUCGUUCCCCAAUUUAUUCACAUUUUAGCGAAACAAUUGAAGGGACUACAUCGAUUCGUGCUUAUGGUGCACAAUCCAAAUUCAUACUUCAAUCCGAACAAAUAGUGGAUUUCAAUCAGUCUUGUUUUUAUCCAAAAACAGUGGCCGAUAGAUGGAUGAUUUUAAGGGUAGAAACAAUUGGUAAUUUUAUUAUUUUCUUCACGUCAGUGUUCUCAGUAUUGAGAAGAGAUACAUUGAGUCCAGGUAUUGUUGGUUUGUCCGUCAGUUAUGCUCUACAGAUCACAAGAUUCCUAAAUCUGUUAAUAAGAGCGACUUCUGAUGUCGAAACUAAUAUUGUGGCCGUUGAACGUGUUAAAGAAUAUGCAGAAACACCUCAAGAAGCUCCUUGGGAAGUACCAUCAACUCAACCACCCAGAGAAUGGCCAACUAGUGGAGAAAUUCAAUUUAAGAAUCUUAAAGUUCGUUACCGUGAAAGUUUAGAUUUAGUAUUGAAAGGGUUAAAUUUUUCAGUGAAAGGAGGCAAAAAGGUGGGAGUAGUUGGGCGUACCGGAGCAGGAAAAUCAUCUUUGACUCUUAGUUUGUUUCGUAUCGUCGAAGCUUCCGAAGGAUCAAUUCUUAUAGAUGGCGUUGAUAUAUCUAAAAUUGGAUUACAUACGUUGCGUAACCGUCUCACAAUUAUUCCACAGGGUAUCAUCAGUUAUCCAGUAUUGUUUUCUGGUACAUUGAGAAUGAAUUUGGAUCCAAUUAAUAGUAAUACGGACGCACAGCUGUGGAGUGCCCUAACACUUGUCCAUUUAAAAUCAUAUAUUGUAGGGCUUGCUAGUGGUUUGGAUUAUGAAGUGUCUAAAGGAGGAGAAAAUCUAAGUGUGGGCCAAAGACAACUGGUGUGUUUGGCGAGAGCAUUGUUGAAAAAGACAAAAAUAUUAGUGUUAGACGAAGCCACGGCGUCCAUCGAUUUGGAAACAGACAACCUUAUACAAACAACCAUACGAACGGAAUUCAAAGAUUGCACAGUGUUGACAAUCGCUCAUCGUCUGAACACCAUUAUGGAUUCUGACAAGGUAAUUGUGUUGGACAAUGGUUUCAUGAUCGAAUACGACUCACCGGCCAAUUUGCUAAGAGAUAAAUCGUCGGUUUUCUAUUCGAUGGCAAAGGACGCAGGUCUAGCUCAAUAA